GCAAAUUCCUGUUAAAGAUUUCUUUCCAGCGCAAAUCUCAGUAAGGUCUGCAUUCGAGUAUGCAUUGGACGUUUUGAGUGAUUGCUUGACAUUGCAGCAGAUGACAUUGCUAGUGAAAACGCCUUGGGGCCAUUUGCUUGAUGCUCCAGCAAUGCAAUUCUCUGGGCAGCUGAUACAUUUGUUGUUGUUGCAUCAAGUGCGUCACCAGCCUGCUGAUGAGUUAUGGUUUGCGGUGGAUGGGAAGUUGCUGAAGUUCACUUACAACGACUUCAAGAGGGUUACUGGAAUCAAAGAUCAGGUCGAGUGUGCGACAUAUGAUUUUGAUAAAUCACGGUUGGGUGUGGUCGAUAAAUAUUUUGGGGGGUGCGUUGAUGUUACAUACGGCAAGUUGAAGGCAAAAGUUGAAGAAAUUAGAAAUACUCUGAUGGAACCUAACGAAGAUGUGAUGGAUCGAGUGAAGUUGGCUUCUCUGUUUUUUGUCCAUUCCUGCCUCCUAGCUCGAGAUCCGCCAACUAGGAUACGCCCUGCUCACUUGUGUUUAGUGGAUGAAUUUGAAGUCUUUAAAUCAUGCCCCUGGUCCCUAGAGUCUUACAACGUCACGGUGAAGAGUCUGAAGAAGACAAUGAAAGGACAGCCGGAGAAGUUUCAGGCCAAAAAGAAGAAAAAACCUAAGUAUCGCAACGCCAAGUUCAGUUUGUAUGGCUUCCCCUUUGCUUUACAGGUUUGGGCAUAUGAGGAGCUUCCUGUGCUUGCUCAGAAAUUUGCCAAACGUGUCUCGACUACCAGAGAUGUUCCCAUUUUGAAGUGGACUGCAUAAGGGUUUUUCCAUGCACACAGGCUUCAAAAGAUUGUGUUCAAAGAUAUUGUGGAG